AUGGCCGAUAUCCAAGACCCCAAUGCUCUCGAUCAGCCCUCGCCAGGCGACGACCUCGCUGGCAACGACACUGGCCGUGGCAAUAAGCGCAAUAGGGCUUCUAUGGCUGGAGAUGAUGACGAUGAUGAUGAUGAGAAGGGUGGCCGUGAGCGGAGAAAGAUUGAGAUCAAGUUCAUUCAGGACAAGUCCCGUCGUCACAUCACCUUCUCAAAGCGAAAGGCUGGCAUUAUGAAGAAGGCCUACGAACUAUCCGUCCUCACUGGCACCCAAGUCCUCCUCCUCGUCGUUUCCGAGACCGGUCUCGUCUACACUUUCACCACCCCCAAACUCCAGCCCCUCGUCACAAAGGCCGAAGGCAAGAACCUCAUCCAAGCCUGCCUGAAUGCUCCCGAGCCAUCCGGCGAGAACGGUGCCGACGGUGCAGACGACAUCCCCUCCCCUGACGACGUCCAGAGCAUGCCUCAACCCCCGGCUAUGCCUCGUCAACCCGCCCAACAGACUGGCUACAUGACCCACGAGCAACAGCAACAGGCUAUGUACUACCAGCAACUCCAACAGCAACAAAACCAAGGUGGCCAGUACGCUGGUAUGCCUCAGAUGCCUCACCAGCAGCGUGCUUAG